AUGAAGAUCUUUGUAAUAAUUCUAAGAAUUUUAACAUCAUCAGUGACUGCAUCAAUCAUAACGCCAAAUGUUUAUUUCAGCUUUUUUGGUGUUCAAGAGCUUUCCUCCACCAAAAUUAAAUAUCAACUUAAUAUCCUGGAAAAUUCAUAUUUUCUUCAAUGUUUCGAUGAUAAAUAUACAAUUUUUCUACAUGACAUUUACACAGUGGAUAGCAAGAAUGGCAUGAACAUUGCAUUUUUUGAUAAAGAAACUGGAAAAAGCAGCAAUGAGUUUAUAUUAGGUGAUGUUUCUGAUAACUUUACAUCAAAACUUCAGGUCUAUGAAUUUUCUUUCUCAACAAGAAUCAUCAAGGACAUCAACAUCUUUAAGAAUCCGGUGAACUUAUAUGGAUUAAUAACAAUGCUUAAUUUUACUUUGCUAAAUAAUCAAAAUGAUUCUGACAAUUCAAAUUUAAAUAUCAUUAAAUAUUCUCGAAUCUUUGCCAAAUUUGAUAUAUGUGUUGGAACAAGAUCAAAAGAUGAGUGUGAUAAUGGAACAGUCAAAUUUGGAAAUAAUAACUUUUUAAUUGUUAUUUUGAUAUUUUGUACCGUCAUUGGUUUAUUAAUCAUUUUUGAGAUUAAAAAGGCAGUCGAAAAGUUAUUUGAAUGA